ACUGACAAGAAUAAUAAGAAUAAAGAGAAGAGGAGAAGGAAGGAAUCCUACGCAAUCUACAUCUACAAGGUCCUCCGUUUGGUUCACCCUAAUACUGGCAUCCGAUCGAAGGUUAUGUCCAUCAUGAAUUCCUUCGUGAAUGACAUCUUUGAGAGAAUAGUUGCGGAGUCUAGCCACCUCUCUCACUACUAG